AUGACUGAGCUCAAUAAGGAAAGGAGUCAUCAAUUCUAUGAUGUUCACCUCUUUCUGAAACUCUCUUCCAUCAUCCUUUCAGGUCGUACUCUUUUCUCUCAUUUUACGUCAAAAUUAUCGACUGUCUACAUGUUGAAGCAACAAAAGCUAUCCUUUGCAACUGCAAAGCGAACCGCAUCGGGCAGCAAUGUUGGAAAAUCCCAAGUUUCAACUCCAUCUUCCUCGAAGCCCGUCCAAACCUUAGUAAAGGACUCCAACAGCAAGGAGAUAAAGGAGGAAGACCGAUAUGCAGACAUUAAAAUUGCCGAUUUGUCUUCCUCCGACGAUGACGAAGAAGAGGAUUCCCGUGCGAAGCCAGAGGACGUGAAGGCUUCCACAGAUGUUCGCACCCCAGUGACGCGCUCUACAUCCAAGAAGAGUGCGUCUUCUACUCCCUCCAGCUCUGCCAGUGCAUCCAAAGCAAAGUUGGAGGAUGCAACAACCGAAACGGUUCCUAGCCCGCGAAUGCUCCAAGAGUCCAACCAGACAGCUGAGGCCCUUGCGAAGAAGGUCGAGGCCAACGUACCAAAGGAGAAAGAGGAGCUUCGAGAGCUCAACCCAAAGGACACAAAAUAUAGAAAGCAUUACACUGAAAUUAAGAAGAAGAUGGGGGGUAUGCCUACUAUUCAUGGCGAAAAGCAGAAUAAGAUACACGAGAUCCUUCGUGUGUUCGAUGACUCGUAUGAUUAUGGACCGUGUGUUGGCAUGACGCGACUUGAGCGAUGGCAGAGAGCGAAGAAACUCGGUUUCAAUCCACCCCAGGAGGUCUACGACAUCCUCACCACUAAACAAGGGAAAGAGAAGCCGGAGUACGCGGAGUGCGUCUUCUACGGAGAGGUGUAA